AUGAUUUUUUACCUUUUUAUCUUUUUUUUUUUUGCCUUUCUUUUACAGGGAGUGGAGAUCAAUGUCACGGGUCAAGGUCAGCCAUGUUACACCUGCAAGGAACGCUGUCCAGGGUUUCUGGCACACCGAUGGAGGAAGAUUUGCCAGCACUGUCAGUGCCGUUGGGAGGAACAUGGCAGCUCGGCGCCUCCGCAUGACCUGGAGCGUUCUCUGUGCCAGCUGGUUGGCGCACAACGGUUCUCCUCAGGUGAAAGCAGCUCAGAUACGGCUUCGGAGAAGUACGCAUGGGCACCUCCUGGGCUACCACCGGAACAGGUCCACCAGUAUUUCAGAUGUCUACCAGAAGACAAGAUCCCCUACAUCCAAAGUCCAGGAGAGAGAUACCGGCUGAGGCAACUCCUCCACCAACUGCCUCCACAUGACAGCGAGGCCCGGUACUGCUGCUCUUUGCAGGGAGAGGAAGAGCAGGAGCUGCUGACGCUCUUCAGCCAAAAGCGGAAGCUGGAGAACCUCGGCCGUGGGGCGGCGCGCCCCGUCCCCAGAAACACGAAUGGGACUGUGUGCAAUAAGUGCGGUCAUCAGAUCGGCGGCGGUGACGUGGCGGUAUUUGCGUCCAGGGCAGGCCUAGGCUCCUGCUGGCACCCUCAGUGCUUCACGUGCGCCCGCUGCUCGGAGCUCCUGUGCGACCUCAUCUACUUCUAUCAGAACGGACAAAUGUACUGCGGCCGUCACCACGCUGAGCUUCAGCGACCGCGCUGCUCGGCGUGCGAUGAGGUGAUCUUCUCGGGGGAGUGCACCCAAGCCGAGGGCUACCACUGGCACACUCGCCACUUUUGCUGCUUUGAGUGUGAAUGCGCCCUGGUAGGACAGCGCUACAUAAUGAAAGAGCGGAGGCCGUACUGCUGCCCGUGCUAUGAGAGGCUCUUCUCGCAGUACUGCGACAGCUGCGGGGAAAGCAUUGUGUGUGAAGAAGGUCAGUUAUCACAUGGAGCACAGCACUGGCACGCGUCGGAACGCUGCUUUUGCUGCGGAAGGUGUGGAAGUUCCCUCCUUGGUAAACCCUUCCUACCACGCCAUGGCCAGAUUUAUUGCUCCCGGGCCUGCAGCCUGGCGCGAGCAAGCAGCGAACGUUCCAUCAGCCCCGCGCAGUCAGAGGUUUCUCCACGUAAAGAGACGAGAGAUAUUGGCACUUCUACAAACAUCGACCCGGAAGGGGACAGCUUCGGGGAGAGAAGAAUGGGAGGAGGAAGGAGGUCCAUGUCCAUGAUUGACCAGUCUCGGACACCACAGACAUGCCAUUCGCAUAUGCCACCUGUGAGGUCCAUACACUCCAGUAUGAGGGGGCCUCCACCUCACUUCACCAGGGAAUCGGCCCAAAGACGUUCUCUACCGGACCUUCGAAGUCAAAACCGGACAGGUCCACGGGUCACAUUCAGUAUACCUCUCAGUACUGAACUCAAAGAACCCAUAAGGUUCACCUACCCAUCAUUCACUUCCUCAUCCUCCUCCUCUUCAGACGAUGAAGAUGAUGGGUACUUCUUAGGAGAACCCAUCCCUUUACCUGCUUUCAUGAGGCCUCCUGGAUACCCUGUACCUCCAGUGCCAGCUCCAUCACCAAAGAAGAAGGACAAGAACUGCAGCCUGUCCUGA